GUGAGUUUGUGACCAUGUCUGGAAGAGGAAAGGGCGGUGGGAAAGCUCGCGCCAAGGCGAAGUCUCGGUCGUCCCGGGCUGGCCUGCAGUUCCCGGUGGGCCGUGUUCACAGGCUCCUGAGAAAGGGUAACUAUGCUGAGCGUGUGGGUGCCGGAGCGCCGGUCUAUCUGGCUGCGGUGCUGGAGUAUCUGACGGCUGAAAUCCUGGAGCUGGCCGGCAACGCGGCCCGGGACAACAAGAAGACCCGCAUCAUCCCCAGGCACCUGCAGCUGGCCGUGCGCAACGACGAGGAGCUCAACAAGCUGCUGGGAGGGGUGACCAUCGCUCAGGGCGGGGUGCUGCCUAAUAUCCAGGCCGUGCUGCUGCCCAAGAAAACUUCCGCUGCUGGAUCUGCUAAAAAGUGAAGAGAUCAUUCUUGAAUCUGACAACCCAAAGGCUCUUUUGAGAGCCACUCACAGCAUCUGUGAAAGGAGCUAAGCUCUGUCGGAUUGAAUUACUUUCCUUUUAAUGUGUAGAGCCCCGGCCGUUAUACCCGACAUCGCUAAAUUUUUAUUUCAUUUUUGUUGGAUACUGUUACUGUCUGGGAGC